ACUCUCGCUGGAUCUGAAGAACUAGAAGAAAAGUAUCGUGCGGCUCGAGCACACAUCCUGACGGGUCAAGCUAAGGUCAAUACUUUUGAAAUUAAAGCGGAUUAUCAUCACACCAACAUAGGCGACGAACACUGACAUUUAAAGAGGUGUCGAGCUGGUAACACCCACCACGCUUCCCAGGCUCAGUCAUCAGGGGUUCAGUCUCUUCAAGAGGAACCUGCUCCAAAUCACCAACACAGUCCCAGUCGAGGCAAAGCGUGGGUCGCGAAGAGGGACCAUGAGAUCCGGAUAGUUUUUCCUCGCAGUGUUUGCCCUGCCAGACACGAACAUCCCAGAAUUUGGAAAGGUUCUUCUGACUACAGGAAGUCUGUGACGGGUAAAUUGCAUUAGUUAGUCAGAAGGUUCAAGUGAAAGCAAAUAUUUGUAACCUAUAUUCAAAUACAGUCUAUCCGUCAAAUUGAGUUUGGCAAUUCGGUCGAAUUGGUCAAAAACAGAAAGUGGCUGAAAAGGAAGCGAUCAGAAACUCUUCACAGGAUAGGCUCUAUCAUCUCAACGGAUUACCGACAGCUCAGUCCUCUUAAACCGGAUGCACAAAAGGAAUUAAAUCACUCAAAUUGCUUCCUCGUUGGAUAAGAUCACAAUUUGCACUUAACAUCAUCAGAAGCUGCAUAUGCUGAUGGCUCAACGGUACGAAGACCUUGCCCACUAUGGUGGCGGUAUGGAUGGAGUUGGGGUCCCGACGUCCAUGUACGGGGAUCCGCACGCGCCUCGGCCCUUGCCGCAAGUUCAUCAUUUGAACCACGGGCCACCGCCUCAUGCCAACCAGCACUACGGGGCCCACGCACCGCACAGCAUCAUGCCCAGCAGCAUGGGCUCGGCUGUCAACGAUGCUCUUAAACGAGACAAGGACCAAAUUUAUGGGCACCCGUUAUUCCCGCUUCUGGCGCUGGUGUUUGAGAAGUGCGAGUUGGCCACAUGCACACCGAGAGAGCCUGGAGUCGCUGGAGGAGAUGUGUGCUCAUCCGAUUCAUUUAACGAGGACAUCGCUGUGUUUGCCAAACAGAUUCGGGCAGAGAAGCCGUUAUUUUCUUCUAAUCCAGAGUUGGACAAUUUGAUGAUACAGUCAAUACAAGUAUUACGAUUCCAUCUUUUAGAACUCGAAAAGGUGCACGAGCUUUGCGACAACUUCUGCCAUCGGUAUAUUAGCUGUUUGAAGGGCAAAAUGCCCAUUGACCUGGUAAUUGAUGAUCGGGAUGGAUGCAAGUCCGACUUCGACGACCUCUCGGGAUCCUCGACAAAUAUGGCAGAUCACAAUCCAGCAUCCUGGAGAGACAUGGACGACGCUCACUCUACUCCCUCAGUCGGCACCCCAGGACCCUCCAGCGGGGGACAUGCCUCUCAGAGCGGAGACAACUGCAGUGAACUAGGAGAUGGUUUGGAUAACAGCUUGGCAUCUCCGGGAACAGGGGACGAAGACGACCAAGACAAGAAACGGCAGAAGAAGAGAGGAAUCUUCCCAAAAGUGGCGACCAACAUCAUGCGGGCGUGGCUCUUCCAGCAUCUCACGCACCCCUACCCAUCAGAAGAGCAGAAGAAGCAGCUAGCGCAAGAUACAGGCCUCACCAUCUUACAAGUGAAUAACUGGUUUAUCAAUGCUCGAAGAAGAAUUGUGCAGCCCAUGAUUGAUCAGUCUAAUAGAGCAGUAAGUCAAGGAAGCGCUUACAGCCCUGAUGGUCAGCCUAUGGGCGGCUUUGUGCUUGACGGCCAACAACACAUGGGUCUCCGGCCUGGCGGUCCCAUGGGAGGAAUGGGUAUGAACAUGGGUAUGGAUGGACAGUGGCACUACAUGUAAACGCCUCCCCGCUUCCCAAACCAUAAACGUUUUGAUGGUGGCCUCAGGAAUAGUCCCAGUGCUGGCCAGAGGCAUGAGGAGUCACGUCACAUCCAUCUUCACCUGAUCACGCCCUUGUCCGAUCACCUUCUGUCUUCACAUGACCUCCCAAAUCUCUCACGGACCCCUCAUCAUCUGGCCAUCAUAUCUCCAGCCAAAGGACUGUCUGCAGGAGCACCAACAUUACAGAAACAGACUUGAAGCAUUUGUGCCAAAAGAGAGACUUCUGAAAAGACAAUUGGAGAUCUUUUCUUUUUAAAUUAUUUAUUUAUUCUUGUUAUACCGUCAAGAAGUACGGGGACCACACCAUAUGUGCACUUUUGCUCAACCACAGAGUGGCCGCCCCAGACGCAGAAAUCCCAUACCUCCUCGUGCACAUGCUCAUAUUAAAUGCAUUUAAAUGUGGAAUGAAGUAAAAGAUGCUAAAAGCCCUCAAGAACUGAUAUGUGAGCGUAUGAUGUACUUUUUAUUUUGGGAAAUAUUCUAUGUUUGGGUUUGUGUUAUUGACUAGUUUUUAGACCUUUGCAUUUAUGAUUCUACAAAGAUUGAAGGAAAUGAAACCCCUUGAUGGGAUCAUUAUGGCACACAUCUGACACAAAUUCCAGUAUGUCAAACCACAAAGUCUUCCCCACAUUUGAAAAGCAUCGCUAAAGAAAUGAGUUGUGCGUUUAUUUGUCGAUUUGGAGAGCAACAGUGGUCUUGUAAGGCUAAAUAUGCCUGGAGCAGUUUUUAAACCACUAGAGAUGUUCCAUUGUACAUAAUUAUGUAAAUGUUAUUUGUAAAACACAUCAAUGUCAAAUAGGCAUUCAGUCGAGAUCCUUUAAAAAUGGAGAUGGGGUAUUGUUGUACGUUUUGGUCCGUUCUCACUCUUGCUUUUCUCUAUGGAAAAAGUCGAGUAUAUGUUUGUUGAUGUACUGAUAAGCUUGAUCGAUCCUCCCGCUCUGUCCAUUUUCCUUUAAGAGUCUUUUAAAGCAGUAUAGUAUUUCUACACAGUCAAAAGUCGAAUUCUUGUAAUAAAUGCUUCAUUUUCAAAAUGUUAAA